AUGGGCCGGCGGUGGUGCAUGUGGCGAUGUCUCGCGGCACUGCUUUGUUUCAGGUGUACAGAAGCUCAGAUCUACUCAUUUGAGAAGAUGGCCUUGCCUGACGCACGGUCGCUGCAUACCUUGUAUGCCUUCUAUGUCUAUUCGCACCAAGACGCUCCAGAGAGGACGCUUGGGCAACCAUUUGUGCAGUUUCACAACUUGAUGUUUACAGCUAAUAACCCUGCAGACAGCGAGAAGGCGAAGAACUACGGCGGCAUCCAGCUCAGCAUCCUCCCAUACCGCAGCUUUUGGACUCUCAUCCAGCCGGACAAGUUCUGCUCCUCGCGCGAAGAUGUCGCGCAGGGGAUAGCAAAGGAAGACGGCAAGCUGUUGGCCCACAAAGCCCCUGGGGAAAGUGAUGAGAGCGUGAACUUGUACUCGCACACGGUGACCUAUGGAUCCUCCUCGGAUCACCAGGUACCUGUGCACUCGACAGGCGUGUACAUCCUAGUGUUCUCCAACUGUGGUGAAUUCAAGGAUGGCGAGGUCAGUGGCAGUGUCAUUGCAAAGAAUUCCUAUGGCUUUCUGCCCGGCAACGAGUAUCACAAGAUGCCCUUCUAUGGCUGGCUGGCGAUUGUUUAUAUCGCCAUGGCCAUGCUUUGGAUGUGCUUGUCUCUACGCUACUGGCGGGAGCUCUUCCAUAUCCAGUAUUGUGUCGCAGCCGUGAUCUUUCUGGGCCUGGUCGAGGCGUUCCUCCAAUGGCGCUUCUUCAUGGAUUGGAACGAGACGGGGGUCCGUGGCAGGAUCCUCUUCGUUCUGGCCAUCCUUGCGACCGUGGUGAAGUCCAUCUUCUCCUACAUGCUCGUGCUGGUUGCCUCCCUGGGCUGGGGCGUCACACGGCCGUACCUUGAUCAGCCCACCAUCCUGAAGGUGCAGGCCUUGAGCUUCUUUUACAUCGUCUUGGAUUUCGUCCGGGAGUCGGCGCUGUCCUUCAGGCACAGCCACUCCUUGUCCAUCGCCUUCGUGCUCCUUUGCUUGCUUCCAGUGGCACUGCUCAAUGGAGUGAUUUUCUACUGGAUUUUCACGGCUUUGUCCUCCUUGAUCGAGACCUUGGCCGAACGCAAGCAGCAGGAAAAGCUUGUAGUCUUCCAGCGACUGUGGAAGAUCUUGGUCGCCGCGCUGAGUUUGGCAUCCUUGAGUUUGUUGUUUCAGCUCUAUGACUUGUCCAGAAGUAUCAGCCAAAGAUGGCAUUAUCAGUGGUUCUUUGCGGACGGCGUGUCGCACAUUCUCUUCUGCAUGGUACUCGCAGCGAUCAUGUUCCUUUUCGCCCCGCACACGAACAGCCAACGCUUCGCGUACAAGCAGGUCGAAGGUGACGAGAAAGGUGAAAGCUCCAAAGUCACCGAUGAGAAGAACGUUUGGGCAGAUGAGGGCGGCCUGGAUGAGGAGGAGGACGAUUCCUUCUGGGCGUCGACGCAUGGCAAAGGGUCGAAUUCGGCAGAUCUGGUGGGCGCCUCACAGGAGAUGACGGCAGUGCCUCAGGGCUCUCCCGAGGUGGGCCUAGCUGCUACCGAGGAUGAGGACUUGACGGGCGCUGAAGCUCGAAAGAAGAGGAAGCAACGCCUUGAGGCCCGAGAAGCUGCGCGCCUGCAGCGAUUGGCACAGAAGGCUGCAGCUCGCCGCUCGGGCUCCUUUGCCGAUGAGACCCCGGAAGAGAGCCGGGCCCGGAAGAUCGCCGAGAAGGCGGCGGCCCGGCGUGCCAAGGCCAAAGCGGCCAAUGGUGGCAUGUCACCGAAGGAAGAGGAGCCGAAGGAUGAGCCAAAGGAGGAAACCAAGUUAGAGGAACCCAAGGAAGAGCUGAAGGAUGAACUGAAGGCAGAGCCAAAGGCAGAGCCCAAGGAAGAGCCGAAGGUGGAACCACAGGAGGAGAAGCUCUCCAGUCAGGCUGAAAGUGCUGAGGAUGGCGAGAUGUGGAUGGCGGCCUCUUCAGAGGCCGAAAAGAAGUCGCGGCGUUUGGACAAGAACCACAAGGAUUCAGCCAAGGGCGAAAAAGAGAAAGGGCAUGCCCAAGAUCCAAAGGACGCUGAGAAGAAGAAGGAUGAGAAAGGUAGCAAAAAGGAGUCGCGGACGUCCAAAGAAACGCCGAAGGAUUCCUCCCCUGAGCGAGGCAAAGAGACUUCGGGUCGUCAUCGCCGAGAUCGAGGACAGCGAUCUCCCCGAAAUCGACGGCGGCACGGAGAGGACACCGAGCGGCGCGUGCGGCGACGGCGCGACAGCCGCUCCGCCGGGCGGCGCUCGACCGGCCGAGGACACCGGCGACGCCGUGACAGCAGAGAUGAAGCUGACCAGGCCCGACCGAAGGUCGCCAGGUUGAGCUCGCCCCAGCGAAGCAGACGUACCAAUGCCAAUGCCAUUUCGCCCGAGAAGAAGCCUCCCGAGCGCCUUGUUGUGGGAAAGCGAGUGCGAGUGAUCGUGGAGAACGAGGACAAGGAGGGCCUCUACUUCGACGAUGAUCGGGUUGGGAGCAAAGGUACGACCGGUCAGAUCAUGGAGGAUGAUGGUUCGGAGCAGCCCUUCCGAGUGAAGCUGAAGAAUGGGAAGCUCUCCUGGUUCAAAGAAGCCUGGCUGGAGGAGUGCGAGUCGUCCUCCUCCUCUUCAUCGUCCUCGUCGGAUUCCUCGGAGUCGGAGGACGAGGCAGACGAGGCGAAGGCGAAACAGGAUGGUGCAUCACCUGACGAGGCGGCUUUUGCCUGGGAGCGCACCCCAAAGAACCUCCCGCCGACGGGCAUGGCUGCCUACGCCAUGAACGGUGCAGGCAACGUGUCUCCCUUGGCGGCCGAGGUGGAAGCCUUCCUCAACUCCGCCGGCGUCGACGGCGAGGCGGCGCAACGCCUGCGAGUGAUGCCAGCGCACCAGCAGCGCAUGGUGAUGAAUCGGGGCCCUGUGGGCGGCUCGCGCAUGCCCUCAGCGGUCCUCAUCUCCCGCAUCCGGGACGCGGAGUUGGGCCGCGCAGGACCAGCUGGAAUGGGAAACAUCCCCAUCAACGGCGGUCCUCCUUCCUCGAACCCGGAGAUUGAGAAGCUGAUCUCCAAGUGGAAUUUGGAUGCAAAGGCAUCGUUCAUGCUCCGCAGCGUCCCUCCAGACAAACACGAUCUUGUGUUGAACAUCUCCUUGGAGAAGGCUCGCAAUCCCUCGGCCUACGUGAUCACCCAGAUGAACUCGCUCUUCGGAGGCAUGCAAGGUAUUCAGGAGCUGCAGAAAAUGGCUGCGGUGAACAAUGGGAAUCGAGAUGCGAUGCAGCCGAGUCCCUUCAACAAGCAACAACCCAACUUCAAUUUGACCGCUGUGACCUGGCGAAGCGACGGAUUGGGCGUUUUGGGUUGUGAGGAGGUGCGAGGCUUCCGGGCGUUUUGUGUGGCGGAUGGCGCAGGUUGGUGGUCACCAUUUGAUAUGCCGGUUGGGCCAAUGCCGGGGACCAUGCCGUCUCAGCUGGCAGUGAGCCUCUCGCCUUUUUGCACCUCCGACCCGUUCAAGAGACGCCCCACCCGUGCUGGUCGCCGCUCGGUGACGUGUCGCGCCAUGCGGUGCAACGCCUACGAGUCGGCGGCGGCUGAGCUGGUGGACGAGAGUCUUCACCCUUUGGAGCAGCUGGACGUGUUGAUGAGCAAGGUGGAUGAAUUGAAGGCGAAGGGUGACACUGACGGGAUCAUCGAGUGUCGCAUCAAACAGCUUAACCUCCAACGCGUCUUGUCCUGUUUGCACCAGUUCCCAUUGCAGCCGCUGAUCCAGGCUCAGGCCGCCUUGGCCGAGGCCUAUGGGCAAGGGGGCUACUUUGUGCAGGCCAAAGAGCACUUGGCACAGGCCCGCGAUGUCUGUAGCGGCGGGGUCUACGACGAGUUGCAAUGUCGCCGUCUUCAAGCGGAUUUGUUGGCCUCUGAGGGUGCAGUGGCCUUUGCGGAAGGGCAGCUGGAGGUGGCGGAGAAGGUCCUGCUGGAUGCAGCGCGCUUGGGCCGUGAAACCCGGGGUGAGUUGGACCGCUUCACCGCGCAUGUGCACAUUCUUUUGGGCCAGGUGGCGACACAACGGGGACAUGUCGACAAAGCCAUCGACCACUUCUCCGACGCCUGGCAGGCUCACGAGGACUUGGAUGGCCGCACCGGCGAGCCCACACUGCGGGUGAGGCUCCGCAUGGCCGACGCCCAGCGGCGCCUGGCCGCGCGGGCAGAGAAGGCGGUGCAGGAGCUGCAGGCCGUGGUGGAGAUCCUCAAGAGCGAGGACCUGCCGACCUUGCUGGUGGAGAGCUCUUCGCGCUUAUCUCACUGGCUUCUUGAAGAUGAACGAGACGAAGAAGCCUUUCAGGCCCUCCAGACCGCGGAAGCUGCGUGCCAGAAGCAUUUCGGUGAGGAGGAUCCAAAGGCCAUCGAUGUGAAGCGCCACAUGGCAUCGCUCCACAUCAAGUUGGGCCGCAAGAAAGAGGCCUUGGAGUAUUUGAAAGACGUGCACUAUUUCGAGCGACGGCUCCACGGGUCUCAGUCGGUGCAGGUGGCACGGACCUUGAAGGCGCUGGGCACGGUCUACGCGGCGGAUGGGCAGCUCACCGAGGCCGAGCAGAGCUAUCAGCAGGCCUUGCGGAUCUUCGAGACGGAUCGCGUGCCCAACGCGCACUUCAUCCACGAGAUCCACGCCAUGCUGACCAGCAUGCAUGAGGUGCCCGCCUGAGGCGUUGGAGCCGGAGUCGCUCCUCCGCGACCGGUCACGGGGUUUUGCGAUUGAGUGAACGACAGUGAUUGCGAUACUUUGGUGCGAUACGCAGAUGCCAAGAGUUUUUGGUAUGCCUGCUGUUUCCGCAUGUUUUCACAUU